AUGACUAUGUUCUUUACAAAACUUCGAAACCACUGGAAGAAAACUAUAGCUGGAAUCUGCCUGCUGUCAUGGGGAGGCCAUUGGAUGUAUGAAAAACACUGUGAUAACCUGCUAAGGAGAGCAGCCUGUCAAGAAGCUCAGGUGUUUGGCAAUCAGCUCAUUCCUCCCAAUGCACAAGUGAAGAAGGCUACCGUCUUUCUCAACCCUGCAGCCUGCAAGGGCAAAGCAAGGACUCUGUUUGAAAAAAAUGCUGCCCCAAUUUUGCACUUAUCUGGCAUGGAUGUGACAGUCGUUAAGACAGACUAUGAGGGCCAAGCCAAGAAACUCCUAGAACUGAUGGAAAACACAGAUGUGAUCAUUGUUGCCGGAGGAGAUGGGACAUUGCAGGAGGUUGUUACUGGAGUUCUUCGAAGAGCAGAUGAGGCUGCCUUCAGCAAGAUUCCCAUUGGAUUUAUCCCACUGGGGCAGACCAGUAGUUUGAGUCAGACUCUUUUUGCCGAAAGUGGAAACAAAGUCCAGCAUAUUACUGAUGCUACACUUGCCAUUGUAAAAGGAGAGACUGUCCCACUUGAUGUCUUGCAGAUCAAAGGUGAAAAGGAACAGCCCGUGUUUGCGAUGACUGGCCUUCGGUGGGGAUCCUUCAGAGAUGCCGGUGUCAACAUUAGCAAGUACUGGUAUCUUGGGCCCCUAAAAACCAAAGCAGCACAUUUUUUCAGCACUCUUAAGGAGUGGCCUCAGACUCAUCAAGCCUCUAUCUCAUACACGGGACCUAAAGAGAGACCUCCCAGUGAAGCAGAAGAGACCCCUCCACGGCCCUCUCUGUACCGGAGAAUAUUGCGAAGACUUGCAUCGUACUGGGCACAACCGCAGGACGGCAUUUCCAAGGAGGUAAACCCUGAAGUCUGGAGAGAGAUGCAGCUGUCCACCAUUGAACUGUCCAUCACGACACGGAACGGCCAGCUUGACCUAACGAGCACAGAAGAUUUUAUGAAUAUCUGCAUUGAACCCGACAGUGUCAGCAAAGGAGACUUCAUCACUAUAGGAAGUAAAAAGGUACGAGAUCCCAAGCUGCAUGCUGAGGGCACCGAGUGUCUCCAAGCCAGCCAGUGCACCCUGGUCCUGCCCGAGGGCACAGGGGGCUCCUUUAGCAUCGACAGUGAGGAGUACGAGGCAAUGCCUGUGGAGGUGAAGCUGCUGCCCCGGAAACUGCAGUUCUUCUGUGACCCGAGGAAGAGAGAGCAGCUGCUGCCGAGCUCAGCCCCAUGA